AUGUCAAACUCUAGCCAGCCAGAAGAGACACCAGUGAACCCCACCACCGUCCAGCUUGCACACAUGGAUCUCGCGGCUGUUCUCAACAACACCGAUGCUGAUUCUCUCAUGUUCGCACCGACAAUGGACUCUAUAUUCCUGCCGGAGGAGGACCAAACCGCCAGCUUCUUCUCUCCUGGAAAUUACAGUAUGAGUGGAGACAUGGAAUUGCCAGCCGACAACGAAGGAAACUUUGCAGCCUCAUCAGGGGAGCCGGCCUUCCAGAACUCGGCUCUCAUACCUUUCGACACGGAGAUGCACUCGCCACUGCAGCUUCUCGUCGCUCAAGCUCAAUCUCUUGCCACCAGAGUGCAGUAUCUGGAGGCUUCGCUUCAACAGAGCAGCGAGACUGUUGGAUACCUUUCUCUCCGCCUGGAGCAUCUCGCCACAUCCGCUCAGAAAACCAACAGCAUGGUCGAUAAGCUCACUACCUGGUCGAACGACAUGGAGGCGCACUACCGAGAGCAAAAUCGCAUGAUAUUGGAUCUGGUUGGCAUGGUACAGAAAGCCGACUCCGGCGUCGGGGAUGAAGAAUCCCUAUCCUCCGCGGCCACUCCCACGAUGUGA